AUGAUUCACGUUCUAUGGUUCUUGUUUCUAUGUGGCACCGGGUUGGCGAUACCCUAUAAUGAGCUGCUCACGCUUAGACCACUCGAACGAAAUAAGCUACUUGGCUUGUUUGAAUUCAACGUAGAAUCCGAACCUUCUCGUUUGAUAUACUACAAUGAUCUGGCUCCAGCCCAGCCAAAGGCAGCUAGCCACUACAUGUACUUCCCCCACGUACUUGGUCCUAUCAUAGAAACCUCCAACACACGCGAAUUGCAUCUUAGGUUCACCCAGGGAUGGUGGGAUAAUGAAGAAUGGGGUAAGCUUCCUUAUAACGGACGCCGAAGCGGUGGUACUGGGGUGGAAGUUUGGGCAGUAAUUGAAGCUGAUUCUUACAAGACCGCUAAACGGGACUGGAAAAAAUUGACUUCCACAUUAUCUGGGUUAUUUUGUGCUUCUUUAAACUUCAUUGAUGAGUCCAUCACUACCAUCCCAAAUUACCACGCCAGUCAAAAGCCUAACCAAAACAUCCACGUCACGCACCCAUCCCAUGAUCUCUACUUGUUGAGGGCGGUGCUCCCAAGUGAACCAAUCUGUACUGAAAACUUGACACCUUUUCUCAAAUUACUUCCUACUCGAGGCAAAGCAGGAAUCUCCACUUUAUUGGAUGGUCAUAAAGUAUUUGAUUCUUUGUGGCACAGUAUGUCUAUAGACAUGAAUACUGUGUGCGAGGGCACCGACUGCAAGUUGCAGAUGACACAGUCGGUGAAUACUGUGAUUGACGUGCUUCGCUCAUUGCGCAGAAAGAACGAAGGUGGAAUUCCAAAACCCACUCCAGGAGAAAAAUUACGUUGCGACGAGUCCAAAACAUACAACGUUUGGCAGUGCUUUCCACUUGGUGACCCAACAGAUGUCGCUUGGAGCUUGGAAGAGAUCUUUGGUAGACCCAUUUUGGGUGCUGCUUUUGAACUGGUGCCUGGCUCCACCAAGAUCAACGUUGAAGUCGAUCGUGAAAAUUGGAGUGUUUCAGUGAUUGAUUACCAGGAGCAAAAAGUAGAGCCGGAAACUAUUGACAAUGGACUCUCCUUUGAUAUUCAGGAACCACAACCUUACGACGUCAAGUUCAGUUCCCCAGACAGCUCCAAGGUAUUGACAUCUGAUUCUCCACCGAUCAAAGUAGCACGUUCUUUGACUGGGUAUUCUCAGGAUCGCGGUGGUCUCCGUACUCAUUUCUCGAACCCUACAACCAGCGACAGAAAAUUUAUCUACUUUGAGUUUCUCCCAUGGUUCAUGAGAUUGCACUUGAAUACACUUAAAGUGUCAUUUCAAGAUGAAACCGGUACAAGAUUACUUUCCCCAGAGGAAGAGAAACAGUACAUUCACACGAGAUUCUACAGACCAGCAAUUGACAGAAAGCGUCCUUCUCACCUUGAGCUCAGUAUAGUGUUACCUCCUAAGCUGACGCUUGUAUUAACUUAUGAGUUUGAGAAAUCUCUCUUGUUAUACGCUGAAUAUCCUCCAGAUGCGAACCAUGGGUUUGCCGUGGAAGCAGGAAUGGUCACUGUUUUGAAUGAGAACGACGAUGUUGAGUACGAGAUUAGAACCUCUAGUCUUUUGUUAACACUUCCUACACCGGAUUUUUCCAUGCCCUACAAUGUGAUUAUUCUUACCUGUACAAUCAUGUCAUUGGCAUUUGGAACCGUUUACAACUUGUUGACCAAAAAGGUGAUCACAGAAGAGGAAUUAGAGGUUAUUGCAGCCCAAGGGAAGCUAGCAAAGCUCAAGGAGGUGUUACAAAAAAGAUUCAAGGCAGCUAAAUAG